AGGUACCGGCGGACUCCGCACGCAUUGCCAGUCCACAGUAUCCUGGCGAUCUGAACGCUCGCCAAAAACCGGUACGAUGGUGCAGCCCUAGUGAAUUCAGCCACGCACAAAAAUUAAAAACAAUCUGUUCCUUUUUCAAAACGGGAAGUGUUCGAAAUCCCGCGAGGAAGUUUAAAAAUAAAAGGUUCUUUUUUCAAACGAGAAUGGCAAUAGUUUGAUAUAUUUUGAAGCUGCGUGAUUUCUGAAGAGAAUUUGUGUCCUUUAUGUUGAUGAAGUUGGCUCAGCUCUACCCACAAUGAAACGCAACAUGAAGAAACACACGACUGCCAAGACGAUAUUGUGACAGCAACAGACAACACCAUGGCAGAACCCGGUGCCUACGAAAUGGAGAUCCGCACCGAGGAGAAACCUAAACCGACAGCCGGGAAGAUCUUCUACAACCCUGGAGUGAUUGAAGAAGAGACGGAUGAAACCAGCGUGUUUGAUAGCUCGAUGGUGGAGUCUCCAAUGCUGUCCGGGUUUAGAGGCAGUGGGUUCCUCAGGCCGCCGCUGACGCUGCAUGUUUCGAACAGUCUACACAGGAUCCCGACGUACAGCAGCUCUAUUGGACAGAGCACUGUUUAUAGGCAGGACACUUGCAGGAGCCGGUCACACCGUCACGGAGCCACGCGGAGGACGAGGCGGCGCGCCAUUCUCAAAAAUGGAGAGUGCAACAUCCUCAAGUCGAAGAUCUCGCAGCGGCGACUGCGAUUCCUGCAAGAUAUGUUCACCACCUUAGUUGACGCGCAGUGGCGAUGGACCUUACUCGUCUUCACACUAUCCUUCAUCCUCUCCUGGCUCGGAUUCGCGUUGAUCUGGUGGCUAAUUGCAUUCACACACGGAGACUUAGAAGAAAACCACCUCCCGCCUAACCAAGAAAGCUCUGACUGGAAACCGUGUGUGUUCAACAUUUAUGAUUUCACUUCGUGCUUCCUAUUCAGUAUUGAAACACAACAUACUAUUGGCUACGGUUCUCGUACGACCACCGAAGAGUGCCCGGAAGCGAUAUUUAUUAUGUGCCUUCAAAGUAUCGUCGGUGUUAUGAUCCAAGCUUUCAUGGUCGGUAUCGUGUUUGCUAAAAUGACGCGACCGAAGCACAGGACGCAGACUCUUCUGUUCUCGAAAUACGCGGUCGUGUGUCAGAGAGAUGGUGAAUUAUGCUUAAUGUUCAGAGUGGGUGAUCUCAGGAAGUCACACAUUAUCGGUGCAAGUGUGAGAGCGCAACUUAUUCGCUCAAGAACGACUAAGGAGGGUGAAGUGUUGUCUCACUAUCAAACGGAAUUGGAAUUGAACGCGGACGGAUGCGACAGUAAUCUCUUCUUUAUCUGGCCUAUCACGAUGGUUCACAGAAUAAACGCUGAGAGUCCGUUUUACGGUGUGUCUGCAGCGGACGUGUUGCAGGAAAGAUUCGAAAUAGUAGUUAUUUUAGAAGGUACGAUUGAAUCGACGGGGCAGACGACUCAAGCCCGCUCCAGCUACACGACGAGUGAGAUUAUGUGGGGGCACCGGUUCGCUCCACUGGUGACGUACAACCGCGAGCGGCAGGGCUACGAGGUGGACUACUCCAAGUUCGAGGAGACGACGCAGGUGGACACCCCGCUGUGCUCCGCCAAGGAGCUGGACGAGUUCUACGGCAGCCAGACUGAUCGCCGAUCUAUCGGCUACAGCUCCCCUCUCCCUGAUGAGGUCAUAUACCGAAGCUCCCUCAAGUCAUCUCCCCUUGGCAUCGCCGACAGGCUGGUGGCCGAAGCGAUCAGACGGUCCAGCCUGACGCACCGGCCCUCGAUAGUCAAGUACCCACCAGACUUCUUCAAUGGGUCCGCUGAACCAUCCUCGUCGUCCAGCGAAGAGGAACAGACUAAGAAAAAACGGCAGUCGAAGAGGACUAGCAAUUGUUGAUGAAAACUUCAUAGAAACUGAGUCAAAAGGCGUCAAAAAUAAUAUACAGACUGUCAAGCAACUUCUGUCAGUAGAAAAAGCGGCAAAUAAAAAAUAGCGAAUAAUUAUCGUUCAAAAAAAUGCAUAUCGCGCUGUUUUCUACUGAUAAAACUAUAUCUGAAAAUAAAAUGGUUUGGUUUAGUAUUCUAUGUUUUAAGUGGCGCCAUCUGUUGUCGAGUAGCAAAAUAUGCUCUGCUAUUAUAGUUUGCUAGUAAGCGCCAUCUAUUGAGGCGUCACGAAAUAAUCUUAAACUUAUGUUUAUGAUUGUAUAGUAUUUAAACAAACCGGGCAACUGCAGAUGUAUUUUAAUACCAAUCAAAGAGGAUCGAGUAUUAUAGAGAGUUACUGUCGAAGUAAAAUGUGUAAUCAUAGUGCAUAGACUGCCAUCUCUUGACACAGGCUUGAAACUUUUGAACCUUAGUUUUGACAAUUUGGCCCAUAUUCUUAGCUUGAUAUGUUUUAAAAUGUCAAAUAUUAAUUACUAGCGCCACCUAGCUGAGCGUACCCCAAAGGUAUAGUGCCAUCUAGUUCACCGUACCAUUUUCUGUAUGGUACUGAGGUACGUUUUUUUCUUAGACUUUAUCUGUCUAUACGGAGUUAUAUAUGUCUUUGAUACCAAUAGAUUCAUGGCUAUUAACAUAAUACAGUCCUAUUUUGUUCUUCAGCAAAAUAUGAUAAUUAUUACGAGCAUGUUUCACAGUUGGAUGGAAAUCUUAGUUAUGGCACAGAGUACUUUGUGGUUAUGGUUAGCUUGAAGUACGUACAUGAUUUACUUUUUAACCCUAGGGCAGAAAAAUUCCAGAAAUUAGUCAAAUUUGAAUUCUGUCAAAUUGUCAAAUAAAGUCUAAACUAUGGUGGUGAAUAUAUGCCCCCUGGCCUAGCAAACUCGUUCAUGGAAACUUGAAACUAACCUAAAGUAUGACGUAUUUUAAAAAUGUGACAUCGUUUGGCGACAAAUCCCCAAUAUGUCGCAUGUCAAGUACUCGUGCCUCGUACCUCGUGGCAUCUAAGGCACGAAUUUUCGUCGACGUUACAAAGUCUUGAUAAAAAAAGGGAGAAAAUAUUAACUUUUUUUAAACUAUUGAGGAUGUAAAUAAAAUACAAGUGUUCUUUUCUGUAUAUAAUACCUUUCUAUUCUGAUAAACACUAGGUAUCAGGUUAAGUAAGGCAAUACAAAUUCAAGCGUAAAAACAGCGCCCGCGCUGUGGUAGGCCCCUGUGUCUCAUAGACAAUAGAAUAUUAUUUAGGCAACAUUAAAUGUAUGCUUUAUAUUAAAUUUUAUCUUUAUUUUUGGCAUCGUAGAUACGAUUAUAGUAUUAAGUUAUUCUAUCGCCUCAACAACAGUCCAUAUAAAAAUAUAAUAGUGAUAUUUAUUAUGGAUUCAUAUAUAUGUUUAUAACUAGAAAUGAUAGAACUAGGAGGGGCAAUGACACUUUUAAAUUUCUACCUUUAGUUACUUUAAAAGCAGAGGCACAUUGUGAAAUAAAGAGCACUUGCUCCACCUAAUUUUAGCAUUUUUUAACAUCUAUAUUUUAUAAAUAUUAUAAAAAUCGUCCAAAUGGCAAUACAAAAGCAGUAUAUUUCACUAGCAAAUAUAUAACAGACUCGUACUUUGUACGAAAAUACCGAUUAUUGAUAAGUUUUUAUCACACUUCAUGUUCGAUUCCUUAAUUACUUACGCAAACCAUACAGUAAUAAAUAACAAUAAUAAAAUAAUAAAGAGUGUUUCGUACAUAAAACUGAAAACUAGGUUUUUUAUAGAUUCCUAGAUGGCGCCGUAUGUACAUGUACAGUAAGUUGCAAAAUUGCAUGGAUAAAUUAUGAAAUAAUUCAUUGAUAAAUUCGCCAUGCAAUUUUGCACCUCACUAUACAAUUUAAUUAUCUAAGUACUUGUAGUUAAAUUAAUUCUUACAUUAAAAUAACUUUUCACAAAGUAUCUACACGCGUUACCUACGUACAUGUUUGUCGCAUGUUUUUAUAACAUGAAUUCAGUGAUUUACACUCUUUAUUAAUUUACUAUUAUAGAGGUCAAUUCAAACUUAAAUACGAUUACUGACUGACUUAAUGAUUUCAUUUUGAUAUCGGAUUUGUAUCUUGUUUGAAAUAGCCUCCAGAUUAAACAUUACUGUGUACAAUAUCCUCAUAUUUACAUAAUGCUAAUACACUGAAUUGUCCAUUAUUUUCUCACCAAUGUUUAAGUAAAUUUAUAUUAUUUUAAGAUAUACAUCUAGUGAAUAUGACCGCUUAAGUACCUAUUUAUGAAUUGUAUUCAAUAUUAUAAUUGCCAAUAACAUUAUAUGAAGACUUCAAAUACAUAAUAAAAACAAAUAAACUUAUCUAACAUUAACUACAAUGUUUUAUUUCACUGUGUAAUGAUUAUGAAUGAACAGGGGCCACUGAUUUGUGCUAAUCAGACUUUAAAUUGAACGUAACAGUUACUCUUGACAACCCAAACCUGAGAAUGUAAAUAAAAUAUAUUUUUCAUGAAUAGUAGCUUAGAGGUUUUUUAUGGAAAUUAACGCAUUAGAUCCGCGUAUAUAGUG